AUGAAACCACAAACUUCAACUGCAAACAUCACCUAUGAUGGUAUUUUUGUGCAGUCCUCUACUUCCCUUGCCAAUGAAACAAAAGAGGCAACUAUUCUUGAAUGGCUUUUCAAAGAAGAAAAUGAAGAUAGAGAAGUGCAACACUGUGAAGUUUCCCCUGAACAGUAUGGUCAAGGCUAUAAGAUAAUCCAACGCAUGGGAUAUUUAGGUACAUGUCCUUUGGGAAAGCAUCAACAAGGAAUCAUCAAACCCAUCAAGCUACAAACUAAGUCUAUGAAUGACAAAAAUGGACUUGGAUACCAUCUAUAUGCAUCAUCAAAUCAAAAACAAAAUUCUUAUCAGCAGCUUAAGUGGAGGAAAAAGACACUACAUCAAGCAUCACAGGAAGUAAACAGAGAAAAAACCCAAGCAGAGUAUCAGAAAGAACAAGAAGAACUCGCAAUCAAGAGAGAAGAAGAAGAUUAUAACAAAGUUCCAAAGGUAUUAGCAGGAACCAGACAAGAAGUAUAA